UUAAAGAAUUAAGAAAUAGAGGCUAUUUAAUUGAAAACAAUACUGUUAAUUUGAAAUUAAAUGAAACCAACUCAGUUGAAGAAAAUAAUAUAGAUAUUUUUUUAUCUGAUAGUCCGUCAUAUAUAGAUUAUAUAAAUUAUACUAGCAAAAUUGACAAUAUGGAUAUAAAUGAAAUUAUGGAGGAUCUAAAUAGUAUUAACAAUAUAAGCAAUAUAGAUAAUACAGAUAGUAUAAAUGAUAUGGACAACGAUAAGCAAAUGGAACAGCACUAA